AUGUCAACCUACUCGAGCAGUAAUAUCAACCCAUUGCAUCGACAACGUGUAAAGGGUCGUGAGAUCAUCAUCACCGAAGAACCUCGUCUCUAUUUAGUUUGGUUCCACGAUCGAAUAUACAUCAAGCCUCUGCCCAAAUACCUGCUCUCGUAUAGAUUCUGGGAAAUGUUUCUUGUCAAUCAAUCUACUUGUNAUUUAGUUUGGUUCCACGAUCGAAUAUACAUCAAGCCUCUGCCCAAAUACCUGCUCUCGUAUAGAUUCUGGGAAAUGUUUCUUGUCAAUCAAUCUACUUGUCUCGGUGGCCGUCGAGACGCCAUUCGAAAAGCAGCGUUGGGAUAUCUGCGAACCUAUCGGUACCUGAUUCAACACGAGUCUGACUUCCACAUCGCGAAGCAGGACCACCUCUGCCUUGUUCCCCAUGGGGUGGGUUGGGUGGCCUUCAUUUCUGCCUUGGACCCGAUCAAGGACGCCAACGUGUCGGGCCGAUAUCGCUAUGGAGAGCUGAGGCUUUCCCGCCUAAACUUCUACGCGCCAUUCUUCCUCCGCAAAUUCCACUUUGAACAAAUCCAUGGCUAAUAUGGAGAUUAUUUCGCGAGGCUCUAUGGGCCCAUUCUCUUCAUGUUUGCUAUAGUCUCGACUGUAUUAAAUUCUAUGCAGGUUGGGCUAGCGGUUGAUCAGGUUGCUACGACACAAUGGCUGUCGUUAUGGCCUGCCUUUCGUUCUUUUAGUGCCGUUGUACUAAUUGGGGCGGCACUUCUAUCACUCUGCUUUAUUAUUCUUUGGUUGGCUUAUAUAAAACCUUCCACUCCUUCAUAAAAAGAGUACAUUUAUUAUAUGACAUAAUCUAAUCAAGCUCAAGGUUGUAUGCUAGGAUAUUACUAUUUUAGCCGCACGAGGCUAUAACGUUAAGAACAACUCUUCUACGUUUUUUGUCUUUGACUACAAUAUCUCAAUCAUCGACAUCCAGGAUGGUAUGUUGUAACGCCCUACUAGCAUUCUACACUAACAGUAAAUAAGGUUCGGCCCGUGGAAGAUGCGACCGGCUUGACAGUUCUCCGCGACCCACUCGCACAAGCACAGGCCGUUGACGUUGAGCAUGUCCUUCCCAAACUUAUCUUCUCAAUUAUCUCUAACCAGGUUUACAGUAUUGUCGCAAUCCAUGGCAUUGGUGCCCACCCUGAUGAUACCUGGUGUAAGAAUGUCGGCACACCAGACGCGCCAUGCUGCGUUAACUGGCUUACCCACGAGGGCAUGUUACCACAAGCCGCCCCAAAUGCCCGGAUACUGCGAUAUGGGUACGAAUCUGAGUGGUUUGGAGAGAAUGCAAUUUCCCAGAAGACGACGACUGUUGCAGAUCGGCUCCUUCUCACCUUGAGACGUGAAAGAAAGGUAAGUAGCUCAGCUUAGGUUGAUCCAAUCGCCAAUACAAUAUAUUUUAGGAGUUUCCCCUUCGCCCAUUGAUAAUGAUAGCGCAUUGCUUUGGCGGACUAGUAGUCUUGAAGGUUGGUCCUGUAGACCCUCUUAUUGCCUUUAACUAACAUUAGUAGGCUCUCCUCAAAGCGCAAUACUAUAAAGAUGAGUGGACGGGCAUAUUUGAGUCUACAACUGGGCUCGUGUUCUUCGGCACACCAUUCAAUGGAUCAGAGGGCAUGAAACAGAGUGAGAUGCUUGAAGCUGCACAAAGGGAAUACAACGAGGAUCAAACCCAGACAGAAGUACUACGGGUACUUGAACCAGGGAACGAAUUCCUUCAAGACCUUGUUGAUAGCUUCUGUAAGACACGGUUACAAGCAGACAAGGCACGAGUCACCUGUUUCUUCGAGAUGAAACCGAGCAAUGUUGGAGUUAUAGUUGGCGGACAAGGACGAAUAGUAUGUCAAGUUCAUAUUUACUGUUAAGUUGCUAACAAUUUGUUAGAGAUUUGUGGUGAAUGAGAGCUCAGGCUGUCUUGACCCCUCGGAGUCAACUAAAAUUACUCCCUCUCCCGAACCCACUUUAAUAUGAACAAAUUUGGGAAGCCGACAGAAGAAGACUUCUUAACUGUGUCCGAGGUAAUUCAGGAUAUGGCUAAAGUAGCUCCUCAACUAGUCAUAGAACGAGCUAAAUGUGAACAUACCCCCUUGUUUCUUGAACACUAUAUAUAGUAAAGAAUAGGGUCUUAAUUGUUAAUCCUCAACCUUAGUAGCCAACAAAAAACACCAGGUUCCUUUUUCUCUCAAAGGCGUCCCGUCAGUAAGUCACUUUGUUGGACGUGAAAGUGAGAUAAAGCUACUCGAGGACUCUGUUCUUCCUGCUCCUUCAAGACCUCGGCGCAAAGUCUACGUAAUUCACGGCUUAGGUGGAAUAGGAAAGACACAGCUCGCGAUUGAGUUUGCCCGGAAGCAUCACCAGAGGUAUAACGCCGUGUUCUGGCUCAAUGGGUCAUCGAGGGACAGUUUGUGUCAGUCACUAGUCGAUAUCGCACGCAAGCUGCCACGAGAUGAAUUGACAGCGGAUAUAGCGCAAGAGCUUUCAAAUCCAAAGAUUGACGUUGAAGCUGUGAUAAGGGGCGUACAUCAAUGGCUGUCGCUCCCCUCAAAUCGACAGUGGCUUCUUAUCUUCGAUAACAUCGACCGCGACCAUACAAAUGGCCAAGAUCUACAAUCAUACGACGUAAAGGAUUUUUUCCCUGAUGCAGACCAUGGAUCAAUCAUCAUCACAAGUCGGUUGUCCAAUCUUCAAAGAUAUGGAAGGGGCUUUAAGCUAAGCAUUGUUGACGAUGAAGAAGCGAUGACUAUCUUAGAGAAUAACGCAGAUCGAUUACUUCAAGGUAAGUAAUAGAACCUAAUUGUAUUCUAUAUCUAUAUGUAGUCUUACUAUUACUAUAGGCUCGACAGAGGCUCCCUUAAUACUUGAUCGACUCCAAGGGCUCCCUCUCGCACUGACACAAGCUGGAGCGUACUUACGAGAAACGAACAUUACACUCUCGCAUUAUAUAAAACACUACAAUCACACAUGGGAUAAAUUAAUGCAAGAUCAAGAUGAGUUUCCCUUACAGGAGUACUCGGAUCGAACCAUUUUAACAACGUGGAAAAUGUCAUACAAUCAAGUAGUAAGCCAAAAUCAGGACGCAGCAGGUUUAUUACGGUUGUGGGCCUUCUUAGAUAAUACAGACUUGUGGUAUGAGAUGCUUUCUUCUGCUUCACAAAUUCUUCCUACGCUUGAUAUUGAGGUAUCCGAAUGGCUGCUUCGGGUGGCCAGAGAUCAGCUCAGUUUCUUGAGAGCGAUGAGAAUGCUUUCGCGAUACUCACUUGUUGAUUCACGAGAGGGCACCUGCUGUAGCAGCUAAGCUAAGCAUUGUUGACGAUGAAGAAGCGAUGACUAUCUUAGAGAAUAACGCAGAUCGAUUACUUCAAGGUAAGUAAUAGAACCUAAUUGUAUUCUAUAUCUAUAUGUAGUCUUACUAUUACUAUAGGCUCGACAGAGGCUCCCUUAAUACUUGAUCGACUCCAAGGGCUCCCUCUCGCACUGACACAAGCUGGAGCGUACUUACGAGAAACGAACAUUACACUCUCGCAUUAUAUAAAACACUACAAUCACACAUGGGAUAAAUUAAUGCAAGAUCAAGAUGAGUUUCCCUUACAGGAGUACUCGGAUCGAACCAUUUUAACAACGUGGAAAAUGUCAUACAAUCAAGUAGUAAGCCAAAAUCAGGACGCAGCAGGUUUAUUACGGUUGUGGGCCUUCUUAGAUAAUACAGACUUGUGGUAUGAGAUGCUUUCUUCUGCUUCACAAAUUCUUCCUACGCUUGAUAUUGAGGUAUCCGAAUGGCUGCUUCGGGUGGCCAGAGAUCAGCUCAGUUUCUUGAGAGCGAUGAGAAUGCUUUCGCGAUACUCACUUGUUGAUUCGCGAGAAAGCACGGCUAGUCACUCGAUGCACGCUGUCUUACACAAAUGGUGCUUCUUACUAUCUGAAGGAAGCGAAAGAAAGGAUCUGGUUAUAGCAGCAACCGGUUUAUUAGCAAUAGCGCUCCCUUCUAUAUCAACUUACGAGGAUCAACUGUUACAGAGGCGGAUUUUGCCACACCUUCUACAACUCUACCCGUUUACUUGCGAUAAUAGACUGGCUGAGUAGGAUUCCGUAAGUGAUAUUCAUCAAGGGUUGUGAGAGGCCAGACCUCGAAUAGCUCAAAGGUGUGGUUUCGAAUAUUCAAUUAAGAAGUGCGUGAAGACUACAUACAUGCAAUCUCUUCUAUAUAUAGAGAGAGGAAGAGUUUCUGGAGUCUUCCAAGAAACUGUUUGACAAAUACGUGACGUCAAAAGAAUAGAGUAGAAAAGUGUAGAAAAGGAGAAACUAAUUUAGCAGUGGAGCAAUGGCCAAUGCUGAGCGGGGACUUUGGUCAGUGCUUAGCGAGGGCAUGGCCCGAGCCUCCAUCAUGGGUUCCAACCCUCACAAGGGUGGAUAUUUUUCCAACUCGCAAGAGGCUUUAGUGAUCAGGGCAAGCUGGUGGAAGCCGAGCAGAUGUACCAGCGGGCGUUGCAAGGCACAGAGAAGGCCCUUGGACCAGAUCACACAUCGACCCUUCGUACAGUCAACAACUUAGGCGCCCUCUACUCCAAUCAAGGCAAGCUGGUGGCCGAGCAGAUGUACGAGCGGGCAUUGCAAGGCUACGAAAAGGCCCUUGGACCAGAUCAUAUAAAGUCUAAGACCGUGAAGCAAAAUAUAGCAUCUUUGGAUAGUUGA